AAGUGCCGGCAGCCUCUCCUGCCUCCAGGUUGGAUGAGCCCUUUAUUUUGUGCUGCUGCUUCUGACCUCAAAACUGGAAGAGAACAAGUCCACCAGCUCCUUAUGCAGCUAUCUUUGGAGGAGAGAACAUCUACAUUGUCACCAGUCCUGGAGAAAGUAAUCAGAAAGAGAACAUCCAGGAAUCCAACAAGUCUUCAUCCUGGAGAAGUCUUUGACACCAAGGUCAAAGAGUCUGAGCUAACAUCUCCACCGGAGAACAAUACUCGGACCCCUUGUUUCUUUGCAGAGAACAGGAGAGCUUAACUCAGGGCAGGGCUGGGCAUCCCAUGAAGUGAUCCUACUCCAUGGAGGAGUCUGGAACCAAUGGUACCACUUGCAGCUGCAAUGACUUUGCGUUCCAACAGGCCAACGCUUCCUCUUGCUGGCCCAGUGUGUCUGGAGGUGGCCCUGAGACCGUGAUUGUCCCUGUGCUGUUUGGAGUGAUCUUCCUUCUGGGCAUGGUGGGCAAUACACUCGUGCUGAUCGUUCUGGGUCGUCUCCGGCCGGGAAGACGGCCAUCACGCAGUGCCACCAACAUCUUCAUCCUCAACCUCAGCAUUGCCGACUUUUCCUUCCUCCUCUUCUGCGUCCCCUUCCAGGCCACCAUCUACUCCCUACCAGAAUGGGUAUUUGGUGCCUUCUUCUGCAAGUCAGUGCACUACCUCGCCAUGGCUACCAUGCUGGUCAGCAUCUUCACCUUGGCGGCCAUGUCAGUGGACCGGUACAUCGCUGUGGUGCAUGCCAAGCGCUCACUAUGCAUCCGCAGCAAACGCAAUGCCGUCCUUGGCAUAGGGAUCAUCUGGAUCCUGUCCCUCCUCAUCGCCAUUCCAGUGGCUCAGCACCAAGCCCUCGUGAGUGGGCACCAACAGGCACCCAACAGCUCUUUCUGCUGGGAGCAUUGGGCUGAGAACCCAGUUGCCAAACAGAUCUACAAGGUGACCAUCCUGGUGGUGGGUUACCUGCUGCCUCUGGUGCUCAUCUCUUGCUGCUAUGCCAAGGUGUUAUAUCAUCUCCAUAAAAAGGUGAAGAAUAUUUCCAAGAAAUCAGAACGAUCAAAGAGAAAGACAGCCCAGACGGUGCUACUUGUGAUCGCCGUGUUCCUGAUCUCCUGGCUCCCGCACCACAUCAUUACCAUGUGGGCCGAGUUUGGGCGGUUUCCCCUUAACAACGCCUCCUUCACCUUUCGCAUCAUCUCUCAUUGCUUAGCCUACGGGAACUCAUGCAUCAACCCCAUCAUCUACGCCUUCCUGUCCGAAAAUUUCCGGAAAGCCUGCCGACAAGUCUUUGGCUGCAAGUUCCUCCUUCCGCCGCCUCCUGCGGAGAAGCUGGUGAGGGUUCGCAUGGAGAACUUUUCCACCACUCACUCGACAACCAAUGUCUGAGACAGAAACUGGAAGCCAAAGCCCUAUAAAGAAGAAGAAACAAGACACAAACGGGAUGAAAAUUGGUGGGGAGUUGCACAUUUUGAAUGAAUUCGCCUAGGAAAAAUUUGAUCCGGCAUCGAAGUCACACAAGUAAUCCAUCCCUCAUUGUCACCGUUGAGGCCAUUUUGCAUAGCUGGACCAGUUGCGACUUAAAGGAGGACAGCAUUAGAAGUUGCUUCCAACAUUGUCCAAAACAGAAGCCACCUAAGCUGUUUGCAACAGGCCACAAUGUACCUGUGUUUACUUCUAACCAUGAUGUUUUAUGACUUGUGGAAAGAUAUCCCCAUGUAUCAAAUGUGUCUGCUUUGCAGAGACAGAGAAGUGGAGAUAGAGGCAAUGGAGGUGCAGGAAAAAGAAUGUCUCUCAAAUUUGCAGUUGUGGAUUAACAGCACUAAAGACUGACCUUCAUCCCCACAAACAUGCUCUUUGCUACUUGUGAAUGGUGUCCUUAAUUGCCUCAUAUUACUGGCUGAAUUUUUGGGGAUUGAAUUUUGCCCCAAAUAACGACAAGGUUGUACCAAGAGCUGCACCAAGACUCCGUUGAAUUAUUCAUGUGUGCACAAUUUCUCUUAUUCUGUAUAAUUUAUUCUGCAUUUUAACUGAUCUGUCCAAUUCUAGUUUGGGUGGUCCUGGGAAGGAACUACACAGGGCAACAAAUCUACACUCUCACAUUCCAGGUAUCUAUUUCAGUGGCUUCUUCUGUAUCUGAUAUUUUAGCAGGCACUGCCAAAAAAGCCCCACUUUCAAACAUAUCUGUAACAACCAGGGCUAGCUCCAUAUUUUUGUCUUUGUCUUGCUGCUUAUAUUGAUUAAGUGUGGGUAAAAGUGCACAUGUGUGCGUAUGCAGAGAAUAAUUCCCUCUAUUUUUGAUGUUCUGUUCAUAUUGUUACUUAUGAAGCCAGAAGAAGAGGAAGGAAUCAUCAGGCUUGGUGGUCACCCAGGCAAUGAAGAAAACAUUUUAACAGGUUAUCAUAAGGUGUGGAAGGAGCAAGACACCUUCCUGCAAACAGCUAAAGAAGGUUUUCUGUAGGUUUUUCAGGUUAUGCGUCCAUGUUCUGGAAGAAUUUCUUCCUGACGUUUCGCCUGCAUCUGUGGUUGACAUCUUCAGAGGAUGCCAGCCACAAAUGCAGGCAAAACGCCAGGAAAACAUUCUUCCAGAAUGCAGCCACAUAGCCUGAAAAAUGCUCAGAAAACUAUGGAUGCCGGCUGUGAAAGCCUUCAACUUCACAGCUGAAUGAGGCCUCAGCAUGUUGACUGUUGAACCUGUGGGAGGGAAAUGGAAAAUCCUAAAUAAGCAUUCCAUGCUGCAACAUUUUGUUGCAGGUGUUUUUUGUGAUAACUAGAAAGAGAACACAGAAGUAGCAAAGAUAAAAGUACAUGAAGGUGUAGGAUUGGCAUUACAUUCAUGCUUUACAUGUAGCAAGGAUGGAGGACUAAAGCGCUUUAAAGUGGUUUGACUGACGUGAGGAUCUGCCUUUCUGCCUGAAGGUGCAGGCUGCCCGCAAGCCACACGGUUGCUUAGUGUUCUUGUCCAAACAUGCUUUUGUCCAGUGCCAAAAUCUACACUGGUGUAUGAUCCAAACCAU